AUGGCGGGAGCGAAUCAGGCGUGUAUUUUCUGUCAGAUCGUGCGCAAUCCGACCUCCACUACUCGUCUCCUUCACAACGAUGAGAAGGUCGUCGCGUUCCAAGACAUCAAGCCAGCCGCUCAGAGGCACUACCUGGUAAUUCCAAAAGAACACAUUCCAACAGUGAGAGACCUCAAGAGAAGAGAUGAAGAUUACUCACUAGUAAGUCACAUGCUAAGUGUGGGGCAAGAACUGUUGCAGAAAGACGCACCUCAAUCCAUACAUAGAUUUGGUUUUCACCAGCCACCUUUUAACAGUGUUGAUCAUCUCCAUCUCCAUUGUUUUGCAUUACCUUUUACGCCCAGAUGGAAAGCCAUCAAGUACAAGUCUUUGGGACCUUUUGGUGGAUUUAUUGAAGCAGCGGCACUGCUGGACAAGAUAAGACCUCUUCCUUCAAAGGUGUAA